GCCUCUUCAGCGGGCUCUCAACGUACAAACUAUUACAUUAUCUUAAACUUGAAAUAUAACAAACAUAAGAGAAGUACAAACUCAAGAGACCCUGUGUAAAUACCGAGAUCAGACAUGGCAAACAAAGUAAUCGACGCUUCUGUACAGCAGAAAGUCUACACAAACUUUGUCAACAAGAAGCCCUGGGUUCACCCUGACGUCUGGCAGCCCCCUCGACCCGGUCCCUCACUUCCGGGCCAAAACGCUAGCGCCCUUUUCGGCUACGAGAUCAAAAGACGCAGCCUUAGCGAUGUGCCGCCCGUUCAAAAACCCGUAGCGGAUAACAAUAGUAAUGGGGUAAAUUCCAAUAGCAGCGGUAAACCUAUCGGUGUCAGCGAGCGAAGUGGAGUAAACAAAGACGAGCUUAUUACCGACGCUAUAAAACAAUCUGAAAAUAAAUCAACGCGGAUAGAGAGUGGCGCAUGUACAGCGCUGGAACGAGGUCUUCAUACGGUGCAAGACAAGGUAAACGCCGUGAAUAAGAAAGCGGACAACUUGGACGAUCAGUGGAAAUUCGCCCCAGGAAAGGUUGCUGAGGUAGAAGCCGACAUGACGCUGAAAAAUAACCAAGCUGAGGAGUUGGAAUGGAGGAAUAAAUUGCACUCCGCCAAAAUCCACGAGCUGGAACGCGAGCUUCGGAGCAUGAAGGUGGAGAAUGACGUCAUUAAGGGACGUCUUGGGGCGCCUAUACCGGAAAUUGAUGAAGAUGGCGCACGGAACGGAUACAGUGAGUCACCGCGCCGGGGAUACGACGCUGAUCAGUAUAAUACACCCCGUGGAGCGCCCGUGGAUACAGACAGAACACUGCCUCCUCCCGAACCCCAGGGGCGGGGCAAGCCUCAGUAUAAGAACGAUCAGUAUGGACACGCCCAUCACGCGGGAGGGGAUGGCGAGGAGCCCUACUGGGGCUUCAACAGGUAUUACAACCCGGACUAUGUCACCGCAUAUCGCCGCGAGCACGUUCCCUACUACGCAAAACAAGAAGAGAAAACAAAGGAGGAAGAAUGGAGAAGGAAGAAACAGGAGGAGGAAGAAAAGAUCAUGAAGGACAAGCCGAAGACCUACGACUACACCGCUCUGUACCAGGCCCACAAUCCUCCACGGGACAUAAACAAGUACUUCCAUGACUCCAAGUACCUGGAGGACGCCCCCAAGCCGAUGGACGACGAGGCAUACUUUAAUGACGACAUACCCAUGCGGCCGGCCAACGGGACCCACGGGACCACUUAUGAGCGAUUCUUUGAGAACCCCCGGAAGCAAGGGCCGAUGGAGCCAUCCCCAGGUGGCCUGUACAUCGUGCGUUUCCAUGACAGCGGCUACUCUGAGGUCAACCUGUCCCUCAAAGAACAGCAGACGAUCGUGCGAAGCUUCAACGGAUACGUGCUCGGCAUCGCCCGGAAGCAGAACGUUAUCGCCCUUGAAGGAGAUGCCGGAUGGCGUUUCUCACGUGAUCAACAGCCACGCCCCCAGGUCCGAUGUCGUCAUCAGUGCGUCGAUGACGCAGUGGCGGUGCUCUGGUUCCCUGACCAGAAGAAAGCUUUCGACUUCUUCUCCAACUCCUUCCGGAACAGGUUCCGACAGGAAGGCUUCCCGUCACCGCACGGCUGGGAGGGACACUACAUUCCACUGCAGUCGCCACCGUUCUUGAAGACGCUUGACACGUACCUGGUGUUGGAGAUCAUGAACGUGAGCCGGAGUUCCGAGGAGAGGCAGCGGGCGGUGCAGCAGUUCGAGGUGCAGACGCGCCAGAGGAUCCUGAAGUUCAUUCCAAACAGCCUUCCCUUUGUCGCCUCCGCUACGCGCCUCUUUGGUCGGGACGAAUACUUUAAGCCCGGCACCCUGUUCAAGGACAAAAGUAAAGUAAUGAUCAGCCGCUUCGACUCAAUGGCCGAACUGUCCCAGCUCUGGAGGGAAGGUAUCAUCCAAGAGGGUCUCCGAGAGAAUAACAUCACCGGGAACAUCAACGUGUUUGCGUUCUCACUCAAGGACUGGCAGGACUACUGAUUGAACAACCCUCGUGGAGUAGUUUUUUUAGAAGAUAGGGUCCAUUCCAGAAUAUGACAAAUUGCUUGAGGGACCAGUUAUAAGCGGCAGAUGAUACUCGGUUUGAUUUUUUAAUAAAAAGAAAAAAAACAACAACAAAAAACGAAUAACAUAAAGCCUUUCUUUAUGGAAGUUAGAUCUUAUUGGUGAAAACAAUACUUUAUUUUACUUUAAAAAAUGUGUGUGUGUUGUUCACGGACACGCAAAACUAUUGUUAUUCGCGCGUGGUCUUAAACACUUUAUAUCCUUAUAAUUAAAAGUUUUAGUGAAAAUAUAAUUCAGGAAAUACUUAUUUAAAUCUGUAUACCGUUUGUUUAUAGAUUUCAUUUUAUUUUGGAUUGAUCAGAAGGGCUUAAGUGCGGCUUUUAACGAUGGCCAUUGUAUUCGUUUGAAACAAUGGGAAUCGGUGACGUGUUAAUCGUACUUAUGCAUAUACAUGUAUGACAACUUUCUUGUGUUUGAACACUACUUAUUUUAUGUUUUAUAUUAUGUGUGUGUUACAUUAUCAUUGGGAAUAGGUACAUUUACAAAAAAAGAACAUCUACAACUUUUAAAAGACUGUAAUUUUAUAGUUUUGAAUUUGCGAUACAUUUUGCCAGAACAUUUUAAAGUUUCUUACAAUAUUAAAUCAUAAUAAAAAAAACAUAAUGCCUAUAAAUAAAAAGUACACAUACACAUAUUUGUUGAAUAUUUAUAAUAUAGCUUCCCAUAAAACCACACUUAAGGAUGAAAACAACAAACACACAAAUGCUAUAUGAUUUUAUCUGAUUGUGUGUGUACAGGUCUUGUUAUGUUCUUUUUGUGACAUUUGUUUCGCCGUUACACACGAACUGUGAUCGAUUACUGUGAUAAAUGUUUUUAUACUCUAGUUUUCAUCUCGUGUAUUUUUGUUUUGUAUGUCUAAACAAACAUGUAGACACACUA